AUUUCGUUCAGAUUGGGAUUGCAGAUUUUUUUUUUGCUCUCAGAGCAUCGCAAACCCUCAGAAAUCUUCGCCCAAUUCCUACGCAUCGAUUUGUCUUAUAUUAGUUACUGUGGAUACACUGUUAGAAUAUUUAGCAGCUUUAUAGCAGAUCUGCUGGAAAUUUCUUUUCGAUAUGGGUGCCGGUGGCGAAGAAGUCAAAGUCGAGACGAAAGCGUUUCUCGAGAAGAGAGAGAAAAGUACAGCUAAGAAAACCCUCAUCGUAUCAAUGGAGCCUAAAGAUAGGUAUGCUAGUCGUAGAUAGUUAGAAAAAGAUAGAACUGUAGAAUUUGAGCUUGACUUAGUCGGCCUCGAGAGAAGAAAGUGCUUUUCCGUUGCAUUAUCGCUUAUAAGACUUUUAGCUCACUUAUUGUUCUCCGGAACAGGUUGUGUUAGGUUUUAGUCAUCCUGUAGUCCAGAAUGAGAGCCAAUCUUUGCAGAUAAGUUGCCUGCUUCGAGAAAACUUCUAGGAGAACCGAAAAAUGCUAUAUUUAUGGUUUACGUAUAACUUAAUUUAUUUUUAGGUUCAGUGGUUUAUUGUCGAACAAUGUAAGCUUCUAAGUUUGAAACUCAAUUUCGCGAGCGUUUAUGGUUGUUAGAUGGGGGAAGCUUUGUCCGUUCGAUUGCUUGAGCUACCGGGAAGAGACAAAGGUGAUACAUGUCGCUGGCAGCAGCCAAGGACUUGUUAAGCUCGCCAAAACAAAAUUAAUUGUCAGCAGAAUCGCUAUGUUAUUUAUCUCCCCCGUCUCUUGUGCGAUCACUUGUAUUUCCUUGGAACUUCCUUCCCGAGCUUUUCCAACAUCUCUUUUGGGGGCAAUCUCUAAUCAUUUGAAAUAGUGGGCCGAUCAGAUGUUUGAACCAACGUAGAAAAUUGACAGAUAUAACCUCAGUGUUAAAUACGAAUGACUAUAUAAGAAAAGAAAUACAAAGGCAGGUGGUUAAUCAAAGGUAUUUUGAAAAAAAAAAAGAAAAAAAAAAUUGGAAAGAAAAUAUGACGUCCGCACUUUAGUGGUUUUGACUUUGUCGCAAAGAUGUGAACGUGAGAGAUUUACGUUUUCCUCACGGAAAUUCAAUAGGCGGACAUUCUGCAGCGGAUAUUCAAUUAUUGUGAAAACCCCUUGCCGAAACCUGGAUUUUACUUUAGUGCGAACAUCCACUGUGGUAGCUAAACCGUAAUCACAGGUUAAGUGAGUUAAUUUUUUUCGUGCAUGCAUGAAGUUAGAAGUCAAACGACGAUGAAAAUCUCUAAAAAAAGAGAACAGCAACAAGUUGCAAAGUUGCUGACAUCGUAACUUGAGAACAAAUUACAGUGUUGGACGAAAGUAAUCCGAUUACAUAAUAAGAUUUUUUAUGAGCAACUUUUUUUUAAAAUUUUCCAAGUUUCCUACUCAAAGCAUGCUCAUGAAACAUGUCGUUCCUGAGCAAUAUAUACCUUGUUUAAUGUUAACGAAAGAGUUACGUUUAUGCGAAAAGAUAAAGAAUUAAUUUGAGUCAUGAAUUGGCAACGUUGGUGGUCGAUGAGAGUUCAAUUUUUUUUUUCUUCUGACGUUCUCCAGUAGAUGACCUUUAAUACUUUUAUGAUUAAAAUUAGCGAUGGGAUCUUACAGUCAAAAUUAGAUAUGGGAUCUUGUUUUAACAUGUUUUUAGAGCAAGGAUGCUUUUCUUUUAGUGAUCAUGACGUGAUAUUUAAUUUAUCACUGCCAAUAGCCGGCAUUAGAUACUGUGCUAUCGGCAACAAGGAAUUAUUCCCUUUAUGAAUUAAAAAUUCUGAAUUAUGAUGUUGUUGUGCCUUGUAUUUCUCUCACAGAUUGAGAUAAGAAGAUUACAAUUAUUAAAGAGCAUAGUUCAGUAGAAUUACUAGAAACAAAGAUUAAGUUCAGUGGAAGUAAGAACAAGUUAUAAAUGGAUUUAAAUAUUGACCAAGAGUUGAUGUUCUGAUUAGGCAGCAUUGAAAGUUAACCUUAUAAACCCUAAGAGUGAUUAGCAUCAAAUUUCUCCCCAUAAUAUCACUCCUGAAUUGCACAUUAUGGUCAUAAGAAUAAAGGAAAUGAUCACCAACAAAAGAUGCUUUUGGAGAAGGAGAUGUGUAAAGAGUAGUAUGGAGAAUAUGCAUACUGAUUUUAGGAUAUAAAGGGUUAAGGAAGCAUCAAGUGUAGUUCAAUUCUUGAAAGAUAAAGAAGGAGAAAAAGAUAAUCCAGUAAAAGGAUUGGUUGUAGCAGUAAAGGGAUAAUUAUAAAUUGUAGUUUGAUUGUCAUGGUGAAGUUCGUGUUGACAAGGAAUGUUGAUGGCAAGUGUGGUUAAUAUAUGAGCACCUCACCAGCAGUUAUUAUUAGAGUCAAGGGAAGAGUUAGUUGUGUUAGAUCACAGGCAGAUCACAUUAUCUGUUCAUGGUAAAUAAUUAUUGCCAUGAGGGGAACAAAAUCUCUGAGGGUUAAGAAUGAAGCUCUGAAAAUUGCAUAUCUAAAUUACAUUUAGGUCAAACUUAGCGAGCCAAAGAAUUUGAAGUGUGCAGUUCAUUUCAAAUUUACCAAUCAGUGUAUAACUUGGUUUUGAACGGCAGUGGGCUGCUACAGGAAGUUGCUGCGCUGUAUGGUAAAUUUGAAAAAGCCUUCCUGCCUUGCAUUUCUUUGGUUGCUGAGUUUGGCACCAAUCAUAUUGAGAAAAAGAUACUCAUCAUUUCAGGAUUGAUGUUCUCGGAAAUUGUUGGAGGGAUGAAGCUCAAAUUCGGCACAUAGACAGAGCAACAUCUCAUUGAUCAACAACAACAUUGAUCUUAAUGGCCUCUGACUAAAAGUAAUUUCAUACAAAAAGGCUUCAAAUGGCCCAUGAGGGCUAAAAAAUAUCACAUGCAUCAAUUGACAUUCCAUUUAACCCUAUUGAGAUAUUCAGAAGGAGAUGUAAAUUUGAUGUGUCAUUUCCAUAGCUUUAUUCUUAACCCUCAUAUAUUUUUUUUGUCUCAGGUCAACAAUUAUUAACCAUGAACACAUAGUGUGAUCUGCCUGUGGUUAGAUUUAUUGAAGUUAGUGGAUACUGAUGAAAUGCAGAUCUAACUAUUGGCUGUAAUUUUUCACUGUCACUUACCUCAUCAAAAAACAGAAAAUAUUGGUCUCUUAAAUGAUGUUGAUUUGAUGAUACUGGGAAGAAGUAUUUCCUUCAUUACUUUAUAAGCAUUGUCAUGAGCUUAUUUUGCUCUUUUUCUUAAACACUUUUUUAAAUUAGUGCAGUCAGCAGAUAGUGUUGAAACCCAGACCAAAAUAUCUUCUGUCACUGUCACUUACCACAUCAUCACAAAACCCAAUAAAUCCUCGACCCCUUAAGUGUAACUUAUUUAGCAGGACUUAGCAGAAACAUUCUCUCACUUCAUAAAGAUUGUGACACAAGCACUGAGCAAGUUUCUUUUGUUUUUUCCUUUAACACUUUUAAAUCCUUUUAAAGUAUUCUAUGGUUAUGUUUAUGAAACAGUAACAAUGUCUUUAUGCAGGUUCAAUGUGGUCUACCUUAUCAUGCUUAUUCAAGGAGUGGGCACCCUGUUGCCCUGGAACAUGUUCAUCACUGCACAUGCAGUAAGUAUAAUGAUUGUAUGCAUGAAAUGAAACAAUCAUCUCUGUUAAAUCAGUUAUUUUAUCUUCUAGAAAAGAAGCCUGAGGUGUUAAGGUCUUCCUAAGGCCCUGGAUUUCUUUAAGUUUCUCUCUCUCCAUUGGUUUUGUUGACAAUACUCCCUUACAUUCAAAACACACCUCUUUUUGUAGCAAUUAGAUUUUUUGUUGUUAUUUUGUUUUAUUUUUGUAGGGUAAAUGUGAUUUCUUGUGAGAUACGAUUGUUUGCUUUAGGAUAUGGCAAAUUCUAUUUUCAUGUUCACCAGAUUACUCACACUUAUUCUUUAUUGUUUUUAACAGUAUUUCCAAGAAAAAUUAAAGGCACAUGAAGAUCUGAAGCAUAGCUUUGAGAACUAUUUUUCAGUAGCAGCCAUGGUGCCCAAUGUUCUAAUGUUCUUACUCAACACCCUUUUUAAGCACAAGUAAGAAUGUUUUUUUUUCCCUUCAAAAUAGUACCUUUGACAGUCUAGACUUAAACUUUGAAACUUUUGAGAAUGGAGUGUUGAGGAUUAAUUUCAAGGUUCUCAAUUCACAGAAUUGAGGAAACAAUGGGAUUCUCGUGCGCAAAAAUAAAGCACUUGACGUCUUCUAUUUUGACACAUGGGCUGUUUGCACCUACUGUAUACAAUUUUUUUCAUAUAUUCUGUUACACAAGACUCAAGCUUUGGCCAAAUCCUGUUUUAGUGUUAAUAAUAUUGAGCCAAGCAUGCAAAAAUUGAACUGUUUUAAAUACUUGAUUGUUCAAAUUAUCCUCACAAAAUAAGCUAUUGACACACUUUUCUUUCAGGGUUUCACUGCAAGUCAGAAUGAUUACAUCAGUGUGUAUUAUGACAUUGUGUUUUGUUUUGACAACAGUCUUGGUAGUGAUUGACACCAAAAAAUGUGAGUAUCUAUCUUUACUAUAGUUGUAUUAUAGUUAGUGACCAUAUUUAAAUAAUUAUACAGCCUGUUAAAUUAGAGUUUGGUGGGAUUUGAAAUUAUACCCCUCUAUUUGAACCCACAGAUACAAGAUAUGAAAUAUCUUACUGUUCUUGUUUUCUUGGUCUAUACUUCAAGUUUCAGAACUUUGUUAUUUUGCUAAAUCAAUAAAUCUUGAGUGGAAAAGGCUCAGUAUAAGCCUUAAACUCAGUUAUUGAGAAGUAUAUAGUAAUAAUUGCAGCAUCAGGGCGUAAAAUUGCGCCUAAUACAGGCGCCAAUGCGACUAACUUUUUCACUUUGGUGACCAAAUCCUGGAAAUUAGUCGCCAAAUUGGCAACUAGAAUGUUUCAUCAUAACCUUACCAAGAGAUAUAGUGAAUUAAAAAGAUUUGCAAAGAUAAAUCCUUCGCAAACUUCCUCGUUAUGUUUGUUUCCAAAAUGCAACAGAUGCAUCUCGAUUGAUAACUAGACAUGUUAUCUUGGAAUUAAAUGAGCUUUAACGUUGUAUAUCGUCCAACCUAGUGUCCACUUUGUAGCACGUUAAAGAUCUUUUCCCAAACUUAGUUUUGGAGGGGCUGUCUAGAAUGCUGACAGCUUAAAAGAAGGUUUUGUUUGUCUUUGAAAAUGGCAACCAACUUUUUUUCACUUGGCUACCACUUUGAAGAAUUUAGGAGCCAAGUGGCUAUCAGAAAAAAAAAUUAAUUUCAUGCCUUGAGCACAGUUGUUUACUCCAUGAUAUCUCUUAUGUUGUGUCUGUUUUUGUUCAUGCAACUGCGAUGUUGCACUAAGUACAAGCAAGGAAGCUCAAUGCUUUCUUAUUCUUCCAUUCUUGAAUCCUCCUACUCUCACAAGUGACAAUAAUAAGAAUCCUCCUUUCAAAUUUCUGGAAAUUUUCAAACUGACAGGUAUUGGAAAUUUAGCAGAUUUAGCUAUACUCAAAUGAAGUGAUUAUAAUUUUGGAUAUUUUUAUUUAAUCCACAGGGACAACAGAUUUCUUUUACAUCACAAUUGGAACUAUCAUCCUUAUUAACAGUAAGUGAUAACUGAUCUGAUAACUGAUCUUGUAAAGAUGGUUUUGUUAUCUUUUUUCUACAAACGUAUUUUACAAACAAAUUGAUAUCUCAGAUCACCUGAAAAAAUAUGAAGUAAUUUUCUGAACAUGAGCAUUGUCCAUGUACAAGUAUAGAUAUUGGAAAGAAGGGAGUUGAUAGCAAAAGCCACUAAAUUCACUCUCUUUGAAGGCAGCUUUACCUUGAAUGUUGUGGACAAGCUCAUAUUUUAUGCUUGUUAUUGAUGAAUGGUUUAUGGGUGGGUCCUCCAUGCUGGUGCAUAUUUCAAAUUUAAUUGCAUGUUGAACACUGGUGCUGUCACAGGUGUGCAGAGACAUGGAGCCUUUAUGUACAAAGACAUUUUAAGUUAAUCCUGAGUUUCUGUCCUCUGCAGUGAGCAGUGCAAUUUAUCAAGGAGGACUCUUUGGUGUCUGUGGAAUGAUGCCUCCAAAAUACACUGGAGCUGUUAUGACUGGUCAGGUAAAGUACUUAAUGUUUAUGGUCUCUAAUAGAUAUUAAACUGACAUUAGUAAUAGUGCAGAUUUGACUCUGUGACCAGUAGAAGGUACAAUGUACUAUGCUGGUUUUCUUUAGCAUAGUGAAGAUAAACAGAAUGUUUGAUAAGAAAAAUCAAAUAGAAGGAAACGGUCUACAGGUUUUCUACUAGAUUUUCUUUUUCCUCAUUUGUAAACCCUCUUAAUCAGAUAAUUCAAAACCUCUCUCCCUCGCUUCUAAGUAAUGUUUUUGUUGUCAUUCAACUCAACUUUUUUAACAUCCUCUCUCUGGGCAGGGUGUUGGAGGCACAUUUGCUGCUUUAGCUAGUAUAUUCUCACUGCUUGGUAAGUAACAUGUAUCAUCUUAUAGUUUGGCUUUAUAAGCUGGGUUGACAUUGUGAAUUGGCCACCAUAAAGAGUUUCUGAAGCUGAUAUUUUGAGUGUUAGCUGAAUUUAAUUUUGAGCAUCUGACAAAAGGCUAAUACUAAACAUCAGCUUUAGAAACUCUAAGAGGUGUCCAAUUUACAUCAUUAACUCAUUUGUUAAAACCAAAUUAUAUUGUAACAACCUCCCCCCCUUGACCCAUCACCACAGUUUCUUUAGAAACUUAUGCCCUUUAUUUAUCUACAAUCUGAUAGUCUCUGAGAAAGUUUUGUCAUUGGAUGCUGAAAGAAAUAUGAGUUUGCACUGAAUAUUGGUGAUAAUUCUGGUCACAAGGUCUGAAAUACAUGUAUGGAAAACCAAGUUUGCUUAAGAAUUUCAGCAUCUUUAUUGGCAAAGUAGACUCCUUAUUUUCCUACUAGUACAUGCUUGUUUGGUCACACAACAAAAAGUGGUUUAAAUUAGCAAGUUAUUUGUAGUUCCUAUCUUGAGUUUGCACUGGAUUUGCCCUAAUAUACCAUUUAAUUUUUCUAUGAAAAUCACACUGCAAUCAUGAAUAUUUUUCUGCUCAUAGUAUUUUUUGGGUUAUUUUCUAUGGGCUCGUAGAAUCAUAGAAAUAAUACACAAAUCUGUGUUGUUUUCCAUUGUUUUCUCUGUAGUUCAGUCAUGUUCCAUCAAAAUGCUCUUUCAGAAAAACUUUUUCUUCUUGUAAUGUACAGUUUGCAUCACUUUUCUUAAAGUGUUUACUUGGUUUUUUUCCUCUAGGAGGAAAGGAUGCUGUAAGCAGUGGCUUCGGGUACUUCAUGUCAGCAGCAGUAGUGCUCACUCUAUGUCUUAUCACAUACAUGAUGUUAAAUAGACUGGUAAGAAGGUUGGAGUGUUAGGCUUUUUCAAUUAUAGAAAAAGGGGUGCAGUUUUCAAAGGCAAGACUUGCUGGUAAACUUCUCUGUAGAUGAAAACACACUAAAAACAAAUUGUCUUUGGUCAAGGGUUUAACUUAACUAAGUAGGUAACACCACUUAGCAAUUUUAUUCACCAAUCAUAGUAAAUUUGAUUGCUAGUAGCCUGUCAGAUAGCAGCUGUUUUUUUUUUCAAAUCACCAUCACUACAAUAGGGCACACCUUGUGAUUUUUGCCAAUCACUGUGAUUAGCAAAAAUCACCAGAUGUGUCACCAGCUUUAAUUUGGCUUUUGUUUUCUUUGUACUUAGUUACCAGAAGUCUUUGUAGGGUUUUUAAUUUACAACUUAAUGUGUGAUUCAAUUUUCCCUUAUUGUGGGUUAGUAUCUGUAGACCUGUGCACUCUUUUAUAAUGUUAAGGUUUUACCUAUUUUUCAUUAAAAUAUUCCAAAAUGCUAACAGCACUUUGCCAUAGUGCAUCAUAGAUGCAUUAGUGGUUGCUAAAGGUAGAGUCAUUUAGAAUGAAACAAAACAUAGUCUCCACUCAAAAUUGUGUUUUUUUCCUAUAGAAAUUUGCUAGACAUUAUAUAGCACCAAAUAGCAGAAGAACUGAAAUCAGUAAGUAUAGAUUACGUUCUAUUUGCUUGUUUGUAUAGUGCCUGUGAUUAAUAUGAAGUGAAUCCUGUGUUCUGAUUGGCUAGCAAGCAGGCAAGAUGUGCCCAUCUUGCCUGUUGGGAAUCACCUGCUUUGAUCCCUUAUAAGUUAAAAAAAAAAAUACUUGGAGCAGACUUACAAGGCUCAAUAUUUGGACAAUUUUGUGAUAAAGUUCAGUGCUUUCAAUAAGAUAUGAAGGAGGUGGCUGGAUCAGUAAAGCACAAUUUCCCUCCUAAUAGCCCAUCAGGUCCAUUCGGAAUAAACUGGCUUUAAACUGUGUGACAAAUAAUUGUUGCUCUGGCCGACAUGUUUUGCUUACCAUGUCAAUUACAGUUUGUGUUUGAUCCCAUGAUUCACAAGGUCUAGCAGUAAUUUCCCCCCCCCCCCCCUAGCUGCUGCGCAUAUCCUUAUAAAUUAGUUAUGAGAAUUUGGUGUUGAUCAAGAUAACAACUUCUACCUGAUAAGUUUGAGUGUUCUCAUGAGCCAUUUGCUUGAUUAUUUAUGGAUAUUACAAAGAGAAGUUACAUGUUAAUCACCUCUGGGACUUAAGGGGUUAAUUCAUUGUUUCUUGCCUAUCUAUCACUGAGGACAUCUGCUGGGCUUAGGUCCAUUAUUUAUUUAUCGAUGGUUUUCUUGUUGCUUUCUUCACAGAGAGCCCAUAUAGUCAAAGUGAUCAGAUUGAGAGACUGGCAAACUGGCAGAUACCAGCUGUAAAACGAUCAGGGAUCAUUCAAAACUCAAACUUAAGUAAGAGCAAAGUUUAUAUCCUGAUCUUAUAAAUGGCAGCAUUCAGGAUUUGGACCCUUCAGUAAUUUCAUAAUAAUGCUUAUCUUGGAUGUCUGCAUCCUAGAUGUGGACUUGUUUUUCUUGAGAUCACUGUAAAUUUAUCAUGGUUGUCUGUGACCCUCAGUUUCCUAAACUGAUUUUACUAGUCAUCAAGAAGUUUGAAGUAAUGAAAUUCUUCUUUUUUUGGGAGUAGUCUAGUUCUAUCUAAGUUUGAGAAUAUCUCGCAUGUUUAUUUUUUGUUUUACUUCUUUUUGAUCAUGGAAGAGGCAAAUCAAUAAUUUAUCUUUGGUCUCACACUUAUUUCUCUGAGUGGUCUGUUUUUAAGGUUUGGAUAAUGAGGCACUUCUGUCAGUUAAGUUUCAUCCAAAAGAAGCAGAAGCUUUUGGGAAUGAAAGGCCACCAUUUUUUGUGAUUUUUAGACAGGUAUGGUACGAUUGUGUAGGCUUGUCAUCCACUUCUUUUUGAUGACAAUAGCAUCACUCGCAUCUAUGGGUAAACCCAUGAUGCCAAAACUUUAAUUAUUAUAUAGCUGAAAGCACCUUUGAGGACUAUGAAGCAAAUAAUGUACCCCGAGUGGGCAAGAUGGGCCCAUAUUGCCUGCUUGGGAUUGUCUGCUUUGAUCUCAUGCAAGGAAAAAAUGUGCAUGGAGCAGACUUUCAAAGUUUAUCAUUUUUGGACAAUUUUGGUAAUGGAGUUGCAAAAAGUGGCAGAAGGCAUUCAAAACAAAAAGAGCAUUAACAACUCUAGUGGAUUUAUUGUGCAACUGAUGCAUAUUGCUUUUCUUUCCAGGCUUUUGAAAUAAACAAGUCACUCUUGAUUUUUAAGCAAAAUGUUUUUGAUAUGUAAUAAAUCCUUUAUUGUUCAAGCUUGUAUGGUCAAUAAAGCUGGAUAUUGGCUGAGUUCUUUUUUCGCGUUUUAAUAGACCAAGACGAAGUCAAGGUCCCCAAAAAAGCAAUUUAAAAAACAAGGCUAAUAUCCGGCCAUCUUGACCUCAUGCUUGGUCAGUUACGCACAUUAUUUAAUGACAAUCUUUCUAAUGGUAACACCCAGUCAGAUCAUGUUUUGAUGUCACAUGUUCAUGCUCAGAUGCAAACAACAGUACUUGGGAGGGAAGGGAACUUUUCAUGUAUGGGCUAUUUUCAAGGAUAUUUAUAAAUGAGUGUCUUUCAUUAUUAUUUUCUUUCUUUUUUCUUGCAGAUCUUCAAGUUAGGUUCAUCUGUUGCAUUUGUAUUCUUUGUGACAUUAGCAGCUUUUCCUUCAUUGACAUCCAGAAUACGAUCAAAGCAUGAAGACAAUGGCUCAGAGUGGACAAGUAAGAAAAUACCUGUAAUAAAAAAUUGUGACUGGUAUAUUUUUAAAGAGCAACAUAAGAUAAUUGAUUCUUAAAAGUGAUGCAAGAGUGCAUUGGUUUUCUUUACUUCAUGCAGUGAUUAUUUCAGAGAACCUGUGUCAUUGUCCCAAUCAACCAGAAAGGAACAAAGCAAAACUAAAUUUCACCAGGAGCCCAUUUUGUACUUUAAAUCCCUUUAAAAGUCCCAAUAGCAUAAAAUGGUGAUUCCUGAAAAAAAGUCCAAGCCUCCAGGAUGCAAAUUUGACACUGCAACAUCCAAUGUUGUUUAGAAUUGCAUGACUUUACCUGGUAUUGUAUGAGCUGUCAAUAUCCUAAUCUUGGAUGUAAAUACACCAACUAAAAAAUCCUAACAGAAGAGUUCCAUAUAACUUUCAGUACCACACAUACAUCUUUUGGGCAAUUAUUAAUUUGUAAAGUUACUUACUUGACAUUGUUUGUUUGUUUGUAGAAAUCUAUUUUGUUCCUGUAACAUGCUUCCUUUUGUUCAAUGUUGGAGACUUCUGUGGCCGACUAGCAGCUUCUUUUACACAGUGGGUGAGUAUUUUGGAUAAGAGCAUUUUAAAUUGUUCUUGGAGGAGUUAACCAGCACAGUUUGUAUUCAAAAGUUUAUGGCAAACAACCAGUUAUUGUAGAAGUAACCCUUUACACCCUAACAUCAGUAUUCAUAUUCUCCACACUGUUCUCUAUAUAUUUCCUGAGGUGCUGACCAGGAGCAUUUUUUUAAAAACAACCAGGAGCCUCUUUAGUUGGUGAUCAUCUCCUUUAUUUUCAUGAUCUCUCAAUGUGUGAAUUAGGGGUGAAAUUAUAAGGAGAAAUUAGAUGCUAGUCAUUUAGGGGUUGAAGGGUUAACUAAAUAAUGAUAAAAUCCAUACAAAAUGCUUAGUUGAGUGUAGUAACAAUAUUUUGUUAGGUGCAAAUCUUUAGGGCAAGUUCUUACUAUUGAUUCCCUGUGGAGCACUAUGAAAAAAAUCACCUUGUAGUUUUAGUCAGGUGUAGAGAUUUCUAACUGUUUGAGAUUUCCUUAGCUUUGUCCCUUUACUACUGUUGCUGUGCAAGUUUGAUGUGUACAGCUCCAUUUACUUUUGAAAAAUAUCUUAAAUGCAGCCAUUUAUCGAAGAAUACAACUUGGUCAUUCAUGAGUGUUUGUUUUACUGAUUACUUCAUCCAACUUUCUUUCAGCCUGGCAAAGAUGGUUAUCUUCUGCCUAUUCUCUGUUUCUCAAGAGUGGUAUUCCUUCCUUUGUUUGCAUUAUGUAAUGCAUUGCCGAGACCACAUGGCACUCCAAUAUUUUUCCAUGAGGAUUACUUCCCAAUAAUAUUCAUGGUGUUAUUUGCCAUCUCAAAUGGUUAUCUUGGAAGCUUGUGCAUGAUGUAUGGACCAUCGUAAGUUAAACAGUAAUUUAUUUAUUUAUUUAUUUAUUUAUUUACUGAUAUAUUACUAAUUAAUCCGUAGUUGCAUUGUGAUGAUGGUGAUGAUGAUUAUAAUGGUAAUGAUAAAGACAAAAACUACACUCAAAUUACCUCAUUUAGUUUUCAUGAGUAAAUUGUUUUGGAAAAUAUUUAGCAAUCACACUUGGUUGAACUUGUAUUUUUUGUCAGGAUCGUUUUCAAGUAAAGAAAUAAUUUCACACUUUGUCGCAUGUUACUGAAAUAAAUCAUUGGUGGUGAUCUUUUAAAUAAAAGCUAGGGGUUAUUACUUUCAUCAGAUGUGCUGUGUAAGGUUUAGCCCUUAAACUCCCAGAAUUGAUUAGCAUUCAACUUUUUUUUACAAUGUCCUCACAUUAAUCAGCAAACAGGUGAUAAGAAUACUCAAAUUGUUAUUGAUCUAACACCAAGUUCUCAUAACAAAUUUACAAGGAAAUGUGUAACAGUUAGAUGGGAGAAUUAAGAAUUGGUUCUUGGGAAUUAAAGAGUAAAGUUAAGUGGUGGAAACUUUGGUGUCUAUUGAAGUGUAGGGCUUUUAUUAUAAUCAAUAUUCUGUGAUAAGUGGUUCUUACUUGUUUAUCUUUUUUUGUUGUUUUUGAUAUGUGAUUAUUCAUUAAGUCUGUGGGUUCAGAAUAUGCAAAUGACUUCCUAAUAAUUUUGGGUUAUAGUUUAGAUAUUAUGGAUUUGGUAUUUCUAAUAACAGAACAAGGAGAUUAGAUGCUAAAGGUUAAUUUUCACUCUUUUUUUUCCUUUUCAUUUUAUCACAGCAUGGUGGAGCCAGAACAUGCAGAAACAGCAGGAACUAUGAUGGCUUUCAUGCUUAUCAUUGGUUUGGGUGUUGGAGCAGGAUUUUCAUUUGUGAUCACCAUGUUUCUCUGA